GCCUUCCUCAUCUCAUCAUGUUGCGCCGAUUCAGCACCAAGGUCAUCCUGCCCAAGGUCAAGGCCCCGCGCGUCCGCCGGGAAGUCCCCGCGCCCAUCAUCCUCACACAAGGGGCGGCGGACCGCAUCAAGGAGCUGCUCGAGAACAAGCCCGACGCGAUCGGCCUGCGCAUUGGCGUCCGGACCCGUGGCUGUAGCGGCCUCUCGUACACGAUGAACUAUGCGACCGAGAAGAUCAAGUUUGAGGAAGAAGUCAACGACAAGGGCGUCCGGGUAUUCGUCGAGCCCAAGGCACUCUUCCACAUCGUGGGCACGACCAUGGACUACAAGAUCACGCCCGUCUCGGCCGAGUUUACAUUUGAGAAUCCCAACGCCAAGGGCACGUGCGGGUGUGGCGAGAGCUUCAACGCGUAGUCGAUGGUCUCGUUCUCUCUUCGUCGCCGCCAAUAUAGAAUCGUCAUGUGUAC